UCAGGAGAAACUUUAGCGAGUCAGAGCCGCGCACGGGACCGGGAAGGGGACCCACCCGAGGGUCCAGCCGCCAGCCGCCAGCCGCCAGCCCCCGCACUAAUAGCGGCCACGCCGGAGGGAGCGGCAACAGCAUCAGGGACACAGCAGCGACAGUUCGGAGCUGGGAGGCCGCGCCACCUGCGGGCCGGCCGGAGCGGGCAGCCCCAGGCCCCCUCCCCGGGCACCCGCGUUCAUGCAACGCCUGGUGGCCUGGGACCCAGCAUGUCUCCCCCUGCCGCCGCCGCCUGCCUUUAAAUCCAUGGAAGUGGCCAACUUCUACUACGAGGCGGACUGCUUGGCUGCUGCGUACGGCGGCAAGGCGGCCCCCGCGGCGCCCCCCGCGGCCAGACCCGGGCCGCGCCCCCCCGCCGGCGAGCUGGGUAGCAUCGGUGACCACGAGCGCGCCAUCGACUUCAGUCCAUACCUGGAGCCGCUGGGCGCGCCGCAGGCCCCGGCGCCGGCCACGGACACCUUCGAGGCGGCUCCGCCUGCGCCCGCCCCCGCUCCCGCCUCCUCCGGGCAGCACCACGACUUCCUCUCCGACCUCUUCUCUGACGACUACGGGGGCAAGAACUGCAAGAAGGCGGCCGAAUACGGCUACGUGAGCCUGGGGCGUUUGGGGGCCGCCAAGGGCGCGCUGCACCCGGGCUGCUUCGCGCCCUUACACCCGCCGCCCCCGCCGCCGCCGCCACCGCAGCCGGCCGAGCUCAAGGCGGAGCCGGGCUUCGAGCCCGCGGACUGCAAGCGGAAGGAGGAGGCCGGAGCGCCGGGCGGCGGCGCCGCAGGCAUGGCGGCUGGUUUCCCGUACGCGCUGCGCGCCUACCUCGGCUACCAAGCGGUGCCGAGCGGCAGCAGCGGGAGCCUCUCCACGUCCUCGUCGUCCAGCCCGCCCGGCACGCCGAGCCCAGCAGACGCCAAGGCGCCCCCGGCCGCCUGCUAUGUGGGGGCGGCGCCGGCGCCCUCGCAGGUCAAGAGCAAGGCCAAGAAGACCGUGGACAAGCACAGCGACGAGUACAAGAUCCGGCGUGAGCGCAACAACAUCGCGGUGCGCAAGAGCCGCGACAAGGCCAAGAUGCGCAACCUGGAGACGCAGCACAAGGUCCUGGAGCUCACGGCCGAGAACGAGCGGCUCCAGAAGAAGGUGGAGCAGCUGUCGCGCGAGCUAAGCACCCUGCGGAACUUGUUCAAGCAGCUGCCUGAACCCCUGCUCACCUCCUCCGGCCACUGCUAGCGCGGCCCCCGCGCGCGUCCCCCUGCCGGCCGGCCUCCGCGCUGCCGGGCGCGCCGCGGCCACCGAGACUCCGGGAAGCGCCCGCGCUCCCGCCCCCGCCCCUGGUGGCGCCGGCAAAACUUUGGCACUGGGGUACUUGGCAGCGCGGGGAGCUCGUCGGCGCCGGCGGGCGGGCCGGUUUCGAAGUUGAUGCAAUCGGUUUAAACAUGGCUGAACGCGUGUGUACACGGGACUGACGCAACCCACGUGUAACUGUCAGCCGGGCCCUGAGUAAUCGCUUAAAGAUGUUCCUACGGGGUUGUUGCUGUUGCUGUUGUUUUUGUUUUUGUUGUUGUUUUUUUGGUCUUUUUUUUUUGUAUUAUAAAAAAAAAUCUAUUUCUAUGAGAAAAGAGGCAUCUGUAUAUUUGGGAAUCUUUUCCGUUCAAGCAUUAAGAACACUUUUAAUAAACUUUUUUUUUUUUUUGAGAAUG